CGUGUCCUGACUCUGAGUAUUCUUGGUUCGAAUCCCAGAUGGCGUGUAUAAAUCAAGAUAAAGUUCUUUCAGGAACACAUACUUGUACAAAAGAUAGUGUUUGGAAUGGGAAUUAUUCAGCAGAGGUUAUUACAUGGGAAAAUUUUCUCGAAUUGACCAAUCCAGAACUUUGUUUAAGAGUUGAGGUGUGGGGAAAGAAAAAGAUACAAUAUAGAUUAAAAGCUGGCGAUUGUAGUGAAAAACUACAACCCAUAUGUGUGCUUAAAGACGAGACUAGCAAUACACUCACAUAUGAUAUUUUGUACGGGUCAAUUGGUGGAAUUGUAGGAUUUUUAGUUGUAUUGUCAAUAUUCGUUAUAGUAGUCAUAGUACGACAGAAAUCAAAGAUAUCAAAGACUUUACAGAAACGACCUGGGUACUAUUCAGAACCAACUGCUCCGAGUUUUCCCGAAGAGACACAUUCAUUGGUGAACGUCACAGAUGAGGGUGUUUAUAACCACUUAGGUGAUACGCACGAGAAAUUUACCACAAACAGUUCAGGCCCUGUGUAUGACGUUUUUGGUCAUGUUGAUGUUUUAUACGACGUCAGCAUAACAAAUUACAGGAAUCAAGAAAACAUUGGGGAUCUCUAUGACUCCUCGCGUGCUGUGGAAGUAUAUGAUACGACACAAGGCCAAGAAAUAGAAACACGCCCAGAAUCAGACGCAUAUAACAUAGUUAGCACUCGGUGAUUAAGAUGAAUAAUUAUGAAAGGAACUUUAAACAAUUAUCUUUAGCAAUUUAUUUGCUAAAUAUUUUACCUCGAGAAAAGGCUUGAAGGAACUUAAGGAAUGUUUACAUCACUGGGUCGAUGCCACUGCUGGUGGACGUUUCGGUGUUGACAUGAAUAUCAAUAAUGUGGUCAUUUUAAUAAAUUUAUUGUUACAAAACUUUGAAUUUUUCGAAAAACUAAGGAUUUUCUUAUCCCAGGCAUAGAUUACCUUAGCCGUAUUUGGCACAACUUUUUGGAAUUUUGGACCUCAAUGCUUUUCAACUUUCUACUUGUUUGGCUUUAUAAAUAUUUUGAUAUGAGCGUCACUGAUGAGUCUUAUGUAGACGAAACGCGCGUCUGGCGUACUAAAUUAUAAUCCUGGUACUUUUGAUAACUAAUUAAAGGGUUGUCAUAUCAGUUUUUGGCGAUUUAGAUUGCUAAUAUAAUUGGUUGGUUUCAUGUGGUCCACCGGCAUACAAAACUUCUAUGACAAAAUAAGACGUGAUAAUACCAUGAAUAAGUUAACUAUCCCCCAAAGACCAAAUGACGUACAUUAAUGCAACCAUAGGUCACAGUACGGCCUUUUAUAACUAGCAAAUAGAGGCAAUAGUAGUAUACCGCUGAUCAAAAUUCACUAAUCGAUAGAGAAAAAACAAAUCCAGAUUACAUACUAAAACUGAGGGAAACGUAUCAAA